GCAAUUAGGAUUGCGAUUGGCGGGGGAUCACUCCUGCCUGUUGAUUGGCUAGGGCGCAGCGCGGCCGUUUCUCCCCUUCCGGUGGGCGCUGACCUUGCCGGCCGCGGAGCCCGUACGCCCGCAGCCAUGGUGGCCUACUGGCGGCAGGCCGGCCUCAGUUACAUCCGGUACUCCCAGAUCUGUGCCCAGGCGGUCAGAGCGGCCAUGAAGCCCCAGUACAAAGCGGAGGCAGAGAGGGCGGCAAUGGCCACUGUGAAAACGGUGAAACCCAAGAAGGAAUAAAAUGAACUGGUCUGCGUGAAUACUCUCACAGCAAACUGCAAAGCUGCAGGCAAGCUCAAGACUCCGCAGUACAAUGUCAUCACGUCAGCUGUAAGACUUGCCUCUGUAUGUAAAUGAGCAUGCUAAUAAAAGUAAUUUCUGUUAAACAAA